CAGCAGAAUAUUUCAGCGCGACGGUGCGUGCUUUCCUUCUUCCUUCACCACCCCACAAGCUGGUCAAACAAGGACUCAACAUCCUCUUCAAAAGGGGCCUCUGGCUCUGCUCAUAGAGCCUAUAAUCUCCACAACCACUCGCCUGUCGAUUCAAGUCCAGGCUUCCAAUACCCCAGCUCGAUCUCUUGAUUCCAGCAUCCCCAUCGCCGUUUGAUUCGCAUUCAAUGGCUAGACAACCCGUGGCUGGCCCUUCGCGCCACAAGGCUUCGGCCGCCCAGGUUCCUCCCCCUCCCCCAACAGUGUCGGGAUUCAACCCCUCGCGCACUCACUUUGCCAUGGCACUCCCGAUUCUGGGCUCUGCCGACAAGGUGCAGGUCUGGGACAUUGCUGCCGACGCCGUCGUCGCCGAAUGGGAGGUGCCCAAUGCCUCCAAGGUUACGGCUGUUGUCUGGGCAUCGGCUGCCUCUGGUGCGGCCAGGAAGCGCAGGAAGCGUAAGUCGCUUGGCGGCGCCGACGGUGGCGAGGAGGACGUCCUGCUGGUUGCGACCAACAAGGGCGACUCGUCUAGCCUCGUCGUCUACACCCCCAUCAAGGGCGAGGUGCUGCGGACGAUCCCUCUGAGCGCCAAGGCUACUGCCGCCUGGUCGGAUGAGCACGGCGUCAUCAUUGCGACUGCCUCCAACCUGCUCGUCCUUGGCCGCGACAUUGCCACGGUUGCGCACACCUUUGCCUUGCCGUCAACCGCUUCGGCUCCCUCUGCAGUGGCGCUCCUCCCCACGUCGUCUGUCGAGACACUUCACGUGGUCGUCGCCAACGCAUCGGUCGUCGCCCUUCACCUCUCCCUCGAAUCCUCCUCCAUUUCCCACACGUCAUCCCCAUUGCCCGUGUCUACAACAUCAGUCACCAGCCUCGAGCCCCUGCCAUUAACACAACAAGGCGCGUCGUUCCUGGUGGUGUCUGAGGACGACAGGACUGUGUCCCAGUACACGCUCGCAUCGCCGACGGUCACCGCCAAGCUGUCGUUCCGCUACGCGUCGCCAACAGUCUCGCCGGCGCACUCUCUGGCUGUUUCGUCUGAACUGCUGUCGGUGUUGCACUUCUCUGGCGAGAUUUCGCUCUUCCCUCUGCCUUCAGAGGUCGACCUGUCUCGCCCCAAGUCGGACUCGAAGCCUACCACUGUCAAGCUCGUCGAGGGCAAGGAUGAGCGGACAGCACACAUUGCACGUGCCGAGUUUGCUCCCAGCAGCGACGCUCUGUUGUGUGGUCGUCUGGCUGGUGGUGGACGCGUCAAGUGGUACCGCGCAGUGUAUGAGCUUCCCGAGGGUGGCCUCCGCCCUUCGGUUGUGGUCAAGUGCGAUGCCCAGGACCUCGUUGCGUCGCAGGCCGGUGCCAACGGCUCGACCCUUCAGCGCUACAGCGCUCCCGCCAACGUCGUUCAGGCUGGUGGCGAUGAGGGUGAGGCCGAGCCCGCUGCGGCUCUCCCCACCGACGUCGACAUGGCCGACCUGUCCCUUGGCGAGCGUCUCCUUGCUGCCCCUGUCCAGGCCAAUGGCGAGGCUGCAACGUCCGCUGCCCUCAACGGGCCGGUCAACGCUGCCUCGCUGACGCGACUUUUGGUCCAGGCUCUCCACACUUCGGACCCGGCCCUCCUCACCCUCUGCCUUUCGCACCGUGACCCGGUCCUUAUCCGCAACACUGUGCGCAAGCUCCCCUCGCAGCUGGCCCUCCCCCUCCUCAAGGCCUGCGUUGAGCGCCUGAGCCAGGGCAAGGGUGCCAACCGUCGUGGCGGUGGUCGCGGCAACAUGCAGAACGAGCAGCAGGGUCGCGGCACUGUCGAAUGGGUCAAGGGUGUCCUCAUUGAGCGUGGCAACAUUCUCAUGACGAUGCCCUCGCUCCCUGCGCAGCUCGCGACGCUUUCCAACCUGCUCGCUACCCGCAUGGAGCUGUACCAGCCCCUGCUGUCGCUGUGUGGCCGCCUUGACCUUGCGCUUGCGCAGAUCAAUGUGCGCCGCCUGGCUGCGGAGCAGGCCCUCCUCGCUGCCGACGCCAAGGGCGACGGCGAGCACUAUGUCGAGGGCGAGAGCGACGACGAGGUGGCGAUCGAGGUUGGCGACGAGGACGAGGACGACAUUGAGGACAUCAACAUGAUGGCCGCCGAGUCUGACGACGAGGACAGCGAGGAGGACGACUCUGAGGAGGACGAUGACGAGGAUGUUCUCGACUCUGACGAGGAGCUUCUUGACAUUGAGGCGGAGGAGAGCGACGACGGCGAGGAGAGCGACUCUGAGGAUGAGUAAUUGUUAUCAUUUGCACAGUAGAGCGUGUUGCAUUAUCACAUGUAUCAUUACCAAGCGCAA